AUUAGAGUGGUAAACAACGUAGACCCUAUGGGAAUCUAUUAACUGCUCUCCGAACGAAGCCGUCGCAUCGUCGUAUAUUCGUCAUCACUCAGCGACUGCAUGUCCAUCAACUUAACUGAGUCUAUUUCACGAAACCAAUUCUAUCAUACGAACGACCUCUCUUUCCCUUUGCGCCAAGGCGCUUUACCAGAGACCUGUCUGUCCCGCGCCAAACGUCAAACGAACGCCACCAUGUAUCCUCCCUCUCUCACCAGCAUCUUGCUUGCCGCGCUGGCGCUGCUCGCACCUCUGACAGCCGCAGCCUCCGACGAGAAGAAGCCCGAUGUAAUCCCCUGCACCGCGAAGUCGCCCAGCACGAACGGGUUCUACGAUCUGCGGCCCCUGGCGGUUAAGGUGCACGACCCGAAGAAGAAGCUGGGGAAGGAGAAGACGGAUAGUUGGCAGAGCAGGGGACACGAUUAUAAGGGGAACUUCUCGAUCAAUGUAUGUGCGCCUGUCGUGGAGGAGAUUGAGGAUGUGGUGGGGGUGGAGGAGGCGAGGUGGGGGAAUGUUAGUGCGUUUUAUAAGGCGGAUGGGAAGGUGUUCUCUAUAGGAGAACAAUCUUCUGGUAUCAUGUUUAGGGGACGCAAGUUGGUGCUCCAAUACACCGGUGGCUCUCCCUGCGGAUCCACCGUGGAAUCUCGAUCCUCGGAGGAUCUCGACGAGCUCGACGAAGACGGAUACCCCGCGCGAACACUCAACGGCAAAGUAGUCGGCUCCUCCGAUGACGACGACGAAGACGAAGACAAGCCCAAGAAACCCAAAAAGCCCGUCCCCACCAAACGCCACAAAUCCACCCUCAUCUCCUUUCACUGCGAAAAAGACCCCCUCAAAUCCAGCGCCGUCGCCUCCUUCAUCGGCACCGACCCGGACGAAUGCGCCUACUUCUUCGAGAUGCGCUCCGAGGCCGCGUGUCCCGGUCUCGGGCCCGUGCAAGCCGGCCUGGGUCCCGCGGGGGUGUUUGGGAUCAUUGCGAUCAUUGCGGUGCUGGUGUACUUCAUUGGGGGCGUGAUGUAUAAUCGCAGCGUGGAGCACUCGAGGGGGUGGAGGCAGUUGCCGAAUUAUGCGAUGUGGGCGGGGAUUGGGGGGUUCUUUAUGGAUUUCUUUACGAUUUUUACGAGCAGUUGCGCGAGGUGUUUGCCGGGGAGGAGGGGCUAUAAUUCCUUACCUGGAUCGGGGAAUGGGAGUGUGGCGCGCGGAAUGGCGAGGCCGGAUGAUGAGAAUAGACUCAUUGACCAGCUGGAUGAGGAGUGGGAUGACUAGAUGAGGGGGCGGGGGAACAUGUGUACAGUAUGCACAGUACAGUACGAUCCGCGGCCCGGUUGAAGCCGCGGUGACGGAUAUGUUUUGAUAUGUUCUGAAUAUCUUGGCGUUAGAUGGUGGAGGGGCGGGAUGUGAGGGGGUGUAUACGAGGUGUCUUGUUCUGUGGUGUGGCACGCACGGCACAUCGUUUUUAUCUAUUUCCUCAUCAUGGAUCUUUCUCGUGUGGGGGAUGUAUAUAUCAGGACCUUUCUUUUCGAGCGGUUUAACCCCUUCUUCUAGGAGUCGAGUCGAGUCAGUAUCUCCUGACACCAGCUUACGUGCCAAUGGCCGAGCAGCGUGUUUCUAGUACUCCAGCAUGUUAUGUUAUGUUAUGUUUAGAAUUUUAGAAUAUCACAACCACGGCCCGGCAGUGCUGGGAUCCGUCCAUUCGUCCAUUCAAUCGUUAGUUUGUCCCGAAACAGCUGCAGAUAUAGAAUCCAAACCAGUGCCAUCAUACAUACCAAUGCCGCACACUGAUAGGCGAUGGCGACUGAACGCGUCCAGACCACUCUCUUUCCAACCCCACCACCACCGACCAGGAAGGGGGAGGGGCAUGAGGGACAUGGACAAGCAAGAUUUGCGGGGAAGUGAGUGGACAGGAUUUUUUUUGGGUACUUGCAAUGGUCUGGCGAUGAUGAG